AUGAGCGUGCGGCCUCCGCAGGCCCCGGACAGGUUGAGCAGCCUCUCCUCGGCCCUGGGCGAUUCCCCCGCGGAGCGAAGGGCGCCCGGGCCCCAGCGGCAGCCGCCGGACGCCUCCGCGAGCACAGGGCUGGUGCAGCGCUGUGUCAUCAUCCAGCGGGACCAGCAUGGCUUCGGCUUCACCGUCAGCGGCGACCGCGUGGUGCUCGUGCAGUCCGUGCGGCCCGGUGGGGCUGCCAUGAGGGCCGGCGUGCAGGAGGGCGACCGCAUCCUCAAGGUGAACGGGACAAUGGUGACCAACAGCUCCCACCUGGAGGUGGUGAAGUUGAUCAAGUCCGGUGCCUACGUGGCCCUGACCCUGCUGGGGUCCCCACCAGGCCCCGUGGGGGUCCCGGGCCCCCAGCAGGAGCCGGAGCCCCCGGGCUGUGCCCCGGGCGCCCCCCAGCGCAUCACGGAGCCCCGGCCGCUGCAGGACCCCGAGGUGCAGAAGCACGCGGCGCAGAUCCUGCGCAACAUGCUGCGCCAGGAGGAGGCCGAGUACCAGCGUUUCCAGGAGCUGCUGCAGCGGCAGCCGGGCGCGGGCGCGGCGCUGGAGGAGCAGCUGGAGGGGGCGCGGCGCCGGCUGAGCCAACUGCAGCUCAAGGUGCUGCAGGAGGCGCGGGCAGCGGCGGCCCCGGAUUUGGGCUCCCGGCCCCUGGAGGGGUCCCCGCAGCUCCCGGGGCGCCUCCCCAGGGACCCCCAGGAUGGGAACCCGGGGCUGGAGGAGAGGGGCCCGGCCCUGCCAGAGGUUUCCCGGAAUUCCGGCUUCUCCGAGCCCGGCAGCCCCCGGAGCUCCCCCGUGCUCGGCUCCCGCCUCUCCACGGAUCCGGGAUCAGGGAGGCCCCAGAUCAUCGGCCCCGAGGAGGAUUGUGAGCCUGGGAAUGGCAGCAACGAGAGCGAUUCCGUGUUCCAGGAUUUGGGAAUUCUCAAAUCCCGCCCGGCCCAUCUGGGAGUUUUCCUGAGGUUCCUCUUCUCCCAGGCAGAUCCCACUCCUCUGCUCUUCCACCUGUGCUCCGAGGUUUGCUGCCAGCAGAGCCCCCGCGACGGCCGCGCCCUGGCCAGGGACAUCUGGGGCGUCUUCCUGGACAGGGCGGCGCCCCUGCGGGUGAAGCUGCCGGAGCAGCUCCUGGCUGAGAUCGAGCUGCGCCUGCGGAACGGGGACGAGCUGCGGCCGGCGCUGCUGGAGGCGCAGGAAUUGGUGAUCCCAGAAAUCCAGGAGCAGCUCCAGGACUACAGGACAAAGCGCACGCUGGGGCUGGGCAGCCUCUACGGGGAGAACGAGCUGCAGGAGCUGGAGCUGGGGAACGGCCCCCGGGAGAGCCCGGAACGGCGCGAGAGGGAGCGGCUGCUGGCAGAGAGGCAGCUGGGGCACCUCGGGGACAUCCUCUCCCCCAUGGCCUUCGCCCUCAGCACCUUCAUGGCCCACGCCGGGAUCCGGCCCCGGGAAUUCCGGGAGUGCCGGGAAUCCCGGGAAUGCCGCAAUCCCGGCGCCCCCGAGAAGCUCCCGGACAAGGACAAGUGGCUGCCCUUCUUCCCCAAGGCCAAAAAGCUCCCGGCGCUGCGUUUCCCAGCAGUGAGGCCGGGGAACGUGCGGACGAUGAUCCAGCACUUCGAGAACAGCCACGGGGAGCCCCCGGAGCCGGGCGGGGCCGAGCAGCGCCUGAGCACCGGCAGCGUCCCCGAGGAGCUGCUGGACCCCGGCAGCAGCUCCCGGUGCGAGGUGCGCCUGGGCCGCUCGGAGUCGCUCAAGGGCCGGGAGGAGCUGCGGCGCUCGCGGCGCUCGGAGCUGGUGCCGCGCUCCCGCAGCGACGUGGACAUGGACGCGGGCAGCGACACCCCCCGGCUGCACUCGGCCUCCUCCUCCGCCUCCAGCCUCUCCAACAGAUCCCUGGAAAACCCCACCCCCCCCUACACGCCAAAGAUGGGGCGCAGGAGCAUGGAUUCUCCCAGCCUGGGCUUCGGGGCCGACGCUUUCCUCCCGCACCUCCUGGAGGACGAGCAGGGCCCGGGCCCGGACCUGGAGCCGGAUCCCGAAGCGCAGAGCGCGCAGAAUUGCCAGGGCUGGCAGCAGCAGCAGCAGCCGAGCUCCCCCGGCAGCGAGCUGUUUGUCACCGAGCUGUCCCACCUGCGCAUCCUGCGUGUUCUGGAUUUGCUUUUCUUCCAACGCCUGCGCCGGGAGCAGCUCCUGAGCCGGGAGGAGCUGGGGCUGCUCUUCCCCAACCUGCCCGACCUCAUCGACGUGCACAGCUCCCUGUGGGAAUCCAUGCGGCGGCUCCGGGAGGAGCAGGGUCCCAUCAUCGGCGACAUCGGGGACCUGAUGCUGGCCCGGGUAGGUUCGAGGGGCGCUGCCAAGGAGGAAUUCCAGCGCGUGGCCGCCGCCUUCUGCUCCUCGCAGUCGAUCGCGCUGGAGCUGAUCCGCACCAAGCAGCGCAAGGAGAGCAGGUUCCAGCUCUUCAUGCAGGAGGCCGAGAGCAACCCUCAGUGCCGGCGGCUGCAGCUGAAGGAUCUGCUGAUCGCCGAGAUGCAGCGCCUGACCAAGUACCCGCUGCUGCUGGAGAACGUCAUCAAGUGCACCCCGGGGGGCUCGGCAGAGCAGCAGAAGCUGCUCCGUGCCCGGGAGCAGAGCCGGGACGUGCUGCGGGCGGUGAACGAGGCCGUGCGCCGCGCCGAGAACCGGCAGCGCCUGCAGGAGCACCAGCGGCGCUUGGACACCUCGGCCCUGGAGAGGACCAGCAACCCCCCUGGCCGCGGAAACCUGGACCUGACCUCGCACCGGAUGAUUCACGAGGGACCCCUGGCCUGGAGAGUGGGCAAGGACAAGAGCGUGGAGCUGCACGUGCUGCUGCUGGAGGAGCUGCUGGUGCUGCUGCAGCGCCAGGACGAGCGCUGGCUGCUCAAGUGCCACAGCCGGGGCGGCCUGGGCGGCGCCGCCGACACCAAGCAGAGCUUCAGCCCCGUGCUCAAGCUGAGCUCGCUGCUCGUGCGCUCCGUGGCCACAGACAAGCGCGCCCUGUUCAUCAUCUGCACCUCAGAGCUGGGACCCCAAAUCUAUGAGCUGGUGGCACUGACGUCCUCGGAGAAGAACACGUGGAUGCAGCUGCUGGAGCAGGCAGUGCAAGGGGCCACCAGGAGCCUCCCGGGGCCACCGAAACAGGGACAGAGCGAGGGCAGCGGGAACGGAGCCGCCAGCCUGUUGCUGCCAGACCCUGCCAUGUCCCCGGAGCUGGCGCGAGACACCGAGCCCGAGGAUUGCUCCUCAGGUGGCAGUGAUUGA